AUCACACAUCUGCGUGAACGUCCACCCCCUAGCACUUUCAAUGACAGUUUGCACACGUUUUUCGACGUUUCAUUAAAAAACUAAAGGUAGUGACAGUAUAAACCGACUACCAUGCAAAGAGCCGCACAUACAACACUGUAUGUCUGGCCUCACAGAGUCGGUGCAACGAUGAUACGACAGUGUUUGAAAAGCAGAGCAGUGUCCCUGCAGCUGAGCUCACGUGCUUACAGUGUGAUCCCACCCCCUCGCGACAGUGAGGAGAAGGAGAUGCUGGACCGAAUGCUGCGCGUGGACCAUGCAGGUGAAUAUGGUGCCAACCGCAUCUAUGCCGGCCAGAUGGCAGUGUUGGGUAGAUCUAGGAUGGGACCUCUUAUCCAGCAAAUGUGGGAUCAAGAAAAGAAACACCUUGAGAAAUUCAAUGAAAUUCUAGCAGAGAACAGAGUUCGGCCCACAGCGCUGUUGCCCCUCUGGAACGCCGCUGGGUUUUUAUUAGGGGCAUCCACUGCAAUGCUUGGAAAGGAGGGUGCCAUGGCCUGCACUGUGGCGGUGGAGGAGAGCAUCUCAGAGCACUACAACAGCCAGAUAAGAGCUCUGAUGGAGAAGGACCCAGAGAGAUACACUGAACUGUUACAAAUAAUAAAGGAAUUCAGAGACGAUGAGAUGGAACAUCAUGAUACUGGAUUGGAACAUGAUGCUGAAACACUACCUGGAUACUGGCUCCUAAAAAAUGCUAUACAGCUGGGCUGCAAAGCUGCGAUAUAUGUCUCUCAACGUGUCUGACUAUUUAAAAUAAAACAACUUUUUUGUAUUGAUACCUUGACUUGAAUUUGAAUUGAUGUUCAGAUUCUGCUAUACUGUAAAUGAAGCACCUUGUGAUGCCUCACUUUGUUGUACCUUUGCCAGAUUAA